AUGAUCCUUCUACUUUACUCAUUUACAGGCACACGACCAGGCACAUACACAAUACGUGUACCUGCGGGGGUGAAUGAUGUGGUGCACGGCCUAGUAUCGCUUUCAUAUGAUUCCCAGGCUGUCCAGCCAAAUGAUGGCUCCAAAACUGUGACUGUAAAGGAAGGCAGCCACCUGAAUGCUGGAGACUUUACCUACAAUGUCCCUGGAACUCUCUCUGGUAUACUUACGGUAGGUACGUAUGACAACCCGAUACCGAACAUCGCAGUGAAGCUACUUGGUGCCGAGGGAGUGGUGGCCGCCAGUACGACGACCAAUACGAAAGGGAGGUAUUCGUUCAAGGAGCUCCUUGUGGGAAGCUAUUCUGUCACCGUACCACAAACGAUCCCAAACUACCGAACCACUCUGAAGUCUGAGCCUUUCGCCGGAGACGCCACACUAGAUGGUAUCUACACCUGCAAACUGACUGUCCAAGAGCCGUCGAUUGCUAAUGUCAACUACCACUACGGGCAAGUAUCUGAAUAUGCGGAAGAGCCUGAGACUGUAAGUGGAGGACUCAACUCUAUAACCGGUGGUAUAUACAGCGGUUCAGAGGCUAGUCCCCUAGAGGGUAUCGAAGUGGAGCUUACGGAUGACGAAACCGGAAAGGUGGUCGCCUCCACCAAGACAAAUGCCAAUGGCCAGUACGGAUUCUUGAAAGUAACGCCCAAUAAGUACUACUUAGUGAGCACUCCCGCAACUAACCCAGAAGCCCGUACAGAGGUGCUGUCGAGGGAUUACUACGACAUGCAGCAUUCUGGUACCAGAACACCGAUGUUUUUUAACGCUGGACGCCUAUUGGCUCACGUGGACUUUGUUUACGCACCACCCAAUCAGAUCAGCGGAAAUAUCCGUGACGCAUCGGGUGCAGGACUUGCGGGCGUAAAAGUGGUGUUAUCGCAUCCCAACCGAUUGAUCACCACGGUACAGUCCACAGACACCAACGGCCAUUAUACCUUUGUAAAUAUUACGAAAGGCGGCAACUAUAUGAUUAAUAUAGCUAAGCCACAGGAGUAUACCUAUCUCUUCGACUGUUACGACGAAGAAUAUAAGCACUCGUUGCUGGAUGGGGAGUCUACAGUACCGUACACCGGUACGUCUGUGAGUGGGGUUGAUUUCUUUCUGGUGCAGAACGGUGGUAUCGCCGGGUCGGCACGUAUGGCAGAUGGAACACCAAUGGGACAUGUCAAGGUCACACUCAGAGCUAAGCAAAUCCAGGGAGAGGGAGCUGCAGACGAGUUCGGUGUCUAUACUAACUCGUAUGGUUUAUACGUGUUCUUGGAUAUGGCAGUGGAUGAGUACAGCGUGGCUGUACAUGAAGGCCCACAGUUGGAAACACUGGAGUUGAUUAGUAAUGUGAUUGAUGGUGGGGAUGAUAAUCAGACUCCGGGUACACAGGAUGUCUCGUUUGCGACCACGCAGUCUUCUCUCAUACUACGGCCAUUUUUCUACGACAAGAAAGCCAAAGAAAGUACUCAGAGUGUCGAUAACAGUGACGUUCAAACACCAGAGAAGGGUGAGACAGAUACGACAACGGGCGAUACGAAUGGGGUGGGUGGUGAAGGUAGCAUCACAGGCGAAGUACUGUCCGCCAGCGCACUCGACCCUUUAGGUGCAGUGGGUGUGCAAUUGGUGGAUACCAAUGGAGACGUACUACAGACCGCCAUGACUAAUGAGAAGGGCGUGUAUACGUUCUCUGGGCUGAACUUUGGUAUAUACGAAGUUGCCUGUCCUCUAGAGACCACAAGCAUGGGUAAGGCAUUCAGCAUGGUCGAUGACCCCGACCACAAUGUGGACGGAAGAGCACGUCACGUCGAUGUGGUCCAAAGUGUUGCUACAAGGUUGCCACCCUUCAUGUUCUUGGAGAAGCUCUCUUCACAACUAACCACUUCUGGCGAUAAUGGUCGUGCUGUCGAAGACACACAAAUGUUACAGUUGGACCCAGAGGUUUGGGGUAGUUGGAUUGCGGAGAGUAGAGCCUGUGACAGUACCGGGAUUGGGACGGGUACGAAAUGUGGCUCCAUCAUCCGAUUUGCGGUAGAGAGCUGCCAAACUAACACCAUGUACACCUUAAAAGAUGUGGCUAUCGGUUGUGAGAUCACCCAGAGCGACAGCAGCGCGUGCCAAGCCUUCAGUGAAGACUCAAUCGAUAUUACGUUCUCUGUCACGUCGGAUACUCCGUGCGAUGACACACAACAACAUAAAUCUAUCGUCAGUGAGGAUGCACAAGUCGUCACUCCGAUCGUACAGUUAUACACGGAAGGGAACUACGCAACUGUGCGCACGCACAAUAAGUAUGAACUGGGUACCGUGAUGCACGCGGGCAUUCGCUUGUGGAUCAACGACACGGGUAACACGGUCGAGCAUGCGAAUAUUGUGCAUAUAGAGCGCGAUUCUGAUGGAGCGUGUGCGGAAUACAAUGGCAUGUCCUACGGGUUCGACCUUGACAUCAAGGAUUUCACACAGACUUUCUCGCGUGCAAGCGCCGAUACUUUUGCGGAGAUACACUUGGAACUUCCCAUCACACCUGACGUGGUGUGUGCAGUAUCAGAGCAAGCCUCUAAUACCGUCAAGUUCAGAUUUACUGUACGAGUGGAGUACACAACGACGGACACGGAUGGAUCGAAAAACUUGGUACGAAGACGGCGAGAUGUGCCUGUAUCGUUUGAGCAGGACAGGUUCACUCGUUCAACGCUCAUAGAUGAUGUCACUUGCAGUGUGGUGGUACUUGUGGAAAAUACAUCUGUCAAUGUGGACAGAGUAUCAGAAAGUCCGGAAAGUGCUACCGCUGUUACAGUCAGCCUGGAUUCGAAAUCUGAUGCUGCUUCAGGCACAAGAACAAGCACAAGCAGUGUGGCUGAUACGGGAAGCAGUGGAACAUCUGCUCUAAUGAUAGUGGGUAUAGUCUUGGGAGUGUUAGUCUGCCUAUGUUGCUUAUGCUGUGCAUCGAUGCUCAUUGUUGUGAUAGUGCGUCGGCGUAGACGAAAAUCUGUGCUGCAAUGGGAGGCGAAGCAGCGUUUCAUCACGGGUUCAUCGUGCAACAUGAACCCGGAUUCAACUGUCGGCUUGUCACACGCUUUCUAAGCGAAGAGUCGAGGGAACGGACUUGCAAAACCACAUACAAUAGUAAUAUAGCAGAUAGAUAAAAGCUACGCGUAGAGCGCCGGCGGACUAAGCAACAUAUUCAAUUCAAGCUGCAAUACUCUUUUAUCCGUAAUAUUAAAUUACCGCAGCGC